UGAAGGAAGGAUGUGGUAGUGCUGGACUUGCUUCUACCUUGCUUCGCGUUACCUCCUUCGUCUUCAUUCAGAUUAUUUUGUAUAGGUCUUAAAAAAAAUAUCGUGUGCAUAAACAUUUCGACGAGCAAAAAAAUUAUACACACUUGAGUCAGUAACUCGUAUAAUUGGUGUGAUUUUGACAGAUAAUAACAAUUCGUUAUAGAUCGUCUUCGUAGACUCGAGUAACGAUAACAGCAACUAAAAGAAUGGAGUUGAGUGAAUAUUUUUCAACUUGAAAAAUAUAUUUCAAGUUAUUCCAUAAUUGUUUAACGGCAUUUCUAUGGAUAUCAAGAAUUUUUCCGCGACACUGAGCAGUAUCUUGCGUGUGAUUGUUUUUCGCCUAUGAAUUUAUUUAUGUGAUCACAAAUAUCAACAAUUGCAUCAAGACUGCAGAGAAGUUUCUUAAUUGAAAACGUGUUAACAAUCGAUGAAUGUACAGACAUAAUAAUAAAAAUGCAAACGAUACUUUGACCAACCUCCACGUAAUAUCAUCACGAUGCAACAUCAUCUCAAGAAAUAUUGGAAAAAUUAAUUAAAAUCAUAAAGGUCAACGAAUGUAUGGAAAUAACUCGAUAAGCGUUCAAGAAUUCAGAAAAUGACUUCCAUGUGUAGCGAUAGAAAAAGUCAUGCCGUGAUGAAUACCGACGGUUAUUUUCAUAGACCUAGCCCUUACGCUUAUCAGAAUGAUUAUUAUUUGACACCGAGAUCUACCUGGUCCAGGGUAUCGACAGCACGAGUGAAUAAUAACGCAUGGAGAUUUAGUAGUGCCAUGUUAAUUAUAUCCUCUAUGUUAGUGUUGAUCGCUGUACUAGCAAUUGCUGGAUUAGCUUUAUGGAUGGGUGCUUUCCGAACAGAUUCUAAAAAUGCUAUUAUCGAAUUUUCCUGUAGCUUCAGAAUAAUUAGAGGCGAAAAGUACAAUCCCAUGUUAAAGCUGAGCACAAGCAUGGUUUUCCGAGAAAAAGAGCGCAAAUUUAAAAACAUUUUUGAGCUUCUAUUUAGAAGAAGCGUAUUGGGUUCAUCCUACAAGCAAACAACGAUAGAGAAAUUUGAGGAUGGAGGCUUGAAACUUUUCUUCAGAUUGUAUCUUGAUCGAAAGAAAAUACCACGUUCAAUCAUUAACAUUGAGGAUACUAUCGAAGAUAUUAUUGUCAAAGAAACAUAUUCAAUGUCAUCUUUGUUCAAAAAUAUGGAAUUAGAUCUGACGACUGUAUCGGUGAAAAGAAUAAAUAAGGAAGAAAGUGAGAAGAUAUGUAUCAUAAAUCAGAAACAGGAACAGCAAAAACAUGCCAUGGUUACUAAAAAUAAUCUACUACGACCAAACAGAACCAGCAGCUUAAUUACGAGUUCAAAGCCAAAAACACAUACUGUAAGACCAAGUAAGGUCGAUUCUAUUGAACCCGACAUAGAUUUCAACAAUAUCCCAACUAUUAAAGGUACUUAUAGAGCGACGAAAGUUAAUAUUACUGCUCAUAAUUCAACUAAAAAAACAUCUGAGUCAAUACCAGAUAUCAAAGAUACUACUAGGAAAAUGCUUUCUAAUGAACAAAUGACAAGAUCGAACAAAACAUCUAAUUUCGUACAAUAUUCGUCGACGGACAAACCUUCCACAGCUUUUACAAAAUCCAUGACAGUUAUGCUCAAUGAGGAGAAAUUAAACGAAAAACGGGAAGAUGAAAAGAAAACGUCAUUCAAGAUCACAACUACUCAAAGCAAUUUAGAUAUUUUCAAAGACUUCCAUAAUCCUGAUUUGGAAACUUCACCGUGGAAACCAAUCGUACCAGUAUAUAAUACAGAAUUUAAGUUGCUAUUUGACGGUGAUAUCAAAGAAACUAAUCGUACUGAAUCGAGCACGCAGAAAAUUGUUUCGUUAACAGGCGAUCCUCGCGAUAAUAUAAGACAGCUCGACAAUAAGACCAGUACGACACCCUCGGCAAUAUUAGGAUUAUCGGAAUCUGUUAAUUUUCAUGACAUCAGUACCAUCGGCACAGACAUAACUGGCUUUCCACGAGACAGAAUUGUUCCAAAUUUGACAAUGUCUAAAUCAGACGAUAAUGAAAAACCAGACAUCGAAGUAGCCGGACAGUUGCCUUCGGAAACAUAUAAUGUCAGGUUAAAAAUCUCAUCAGAAUAUAAUAGCAACGACAAAAAAGCUUCCAGUACAAAAAUAUCGGAAAGUUUGAUAACUCGCAAUAUCUCCGAAAAUAUUUUAAUAAAAGAUAAUGCUUUAUUUCAAAAAAGACAUACAAACUCAUCAAACUCUACUGAAAAGACGGAAGAGAAAUUUGAUAAUUUAAUAUCGACGAUAGAACCUGACAAUAAUGAAUCACACGAUAGUGAAAAAAAUUUGAAUAAAUCGCCUACACGCGGUAUUGGCAUAGCGGAGCCUUUAUCGGACACAGAAGUUGAACUAGAAAUAAAAAAUCGGGACAGUAUGUUGACAUUAAGCAAAAAUGAAAAAUAUACAUUGCGGGAUAGAAACGUCGAUGUUAAUUCGCAACCGGUUUAUACUAGUUACAAUACUCCUAAUUUAAAUGGAGGUGCUUUUAGAUCAAGCUUGAUCGAAAAUUUGGCAACUAUAAAACCUUUCAGACACACAAUACCCGUUGAUAAAAUCACGCCCGCUGUAAAUUAUAAUGAUAACAUUUCUCUUCAUUAUUCGGACGAUUUAUUAAUUUCGAAUGAUGAGAUCGUUACGGGAUCAAAUGUGUUCGAGGAUAAAAUCGUGACGCCAUUAUCAGAUUCAGAGGAGAUUAUAGAAGUGGAAACUUUUGUUACAGAGCACAACGAUGCUAUAGAUCAGUUAUCAAAUUAUGAACAAAUUAUGUCAACGGAAGCAAAUAUCAUACAAAAUAAUGAACACGAUGAGUUAUCGCAUUUUAACACUACAGAGAACUAUUUAUAUCCUAUUAGAAAAUUGAUUGCUGAAAAUUCAGGCGAUAAAAAUAGCAUAUCCAGAAAUUCAACGUUUAUUGAAAUAGACAUGGUUGAGCACAUGCCCGAUCAAUCAAAAGAAAAUACGGAGUCUUACGCGAACGAUGCCGUAGUCAAUAAUGAUGAAAUAAAGAAAGUUUAUAACGAUACUUUAAAAGCUUACAUCGUAAAAAGCUUUGUCACCCUGGCAUCUGCCAAUAAAAACACAGAAAUUGAUAAAUCAGUGCAAUCGAGAUUAAAGAUCGACUCUACUGUUGAGGAAACGACUUCUUUGGAGCAACUAUUCGGAGUACGCAAUUAUACGCAUGACAGAGAUACAAUGAAUACCAAAUCAGCUGUUUCCGAACGUUUUUCUUCGCAAGAGAUUCAGCCGGAUUCUAUAAGAUUUAGCGAGAAGGAAUCUUCAAGGCACAAGAACACUAUAAUUGAACAAAUAGUCGAAAUUGUGACCUCCAUCAGUACCAGAGUUUCGACAAAUAUCAAAAGUAAUCCAAUUGUCUCGAAAUCUAUUGUCACAAAUUCUACUAAUCCAAUUAUCCGUUCGGAAAAAAUUUCAGCAUCAAAUAAUAAAGCAGAUAAAUUAUUUGGAGUCACUUCUAAUACAACAGAAAAAGUAAUCUCGAUUCAAGAACGACCAUCUUUAUCUUCGAAGAAUUUGAGGACAAUGCAAGCAUCAGAUAAAAAAACAUCUUUCGAAGAAAAUCAAAGUCUAUUAGAAAAGCUUAAGCAACUUGCCGAAAUUAGGACGGACAAUGAUUUUGUGCAAAUUAUGAGGAACAACACAAGUUCUAACGUAAUGUUGCAACUUCAAGAUUUUAAUGCAUCAUCGGUGAAUAUUGAUGAGUUAAAGAAGAUCGCCAAUGUUAUGACUGGAAACAAAACUUUAAAAAAUGUAAAUUUAGGGUUCACAUUGAGUCACGAUGGUGUGGAAAUAUUUACAAAAGUGCUAAAUAAAGUGGAAGACCAAACACAUGAGACGCUUACAACGAUCCGACCAGAUUUCAGCAAGACUUCUCCAAAUAAUAAUUAUGUAAAAACGCGCUCAAAUGCAUAAAUGAUUAGAUUAAUGUGAAGAAAAUGUUAAAUCAGAAUUGUAUAAAAACAGACGCAGAGUAUAUAAUAUUAUUAAUAACAAUUCAGAUGAAGUGACAGCUUUAAAGAGCAAAAUAUAUAUAUAUAUAUAUAUAUAUAUAUAUAUAUAUAUAUAUAUAUUUUAAGGACUGUAUUCUAAUUAUAGGAGCAAUUAUCGAUAGAUUGAUAGAUGAAAUGAUGGUGUAAAUAGCAUAUAGGAUUCUUUGAUGGUUUUGACAUGAUGCACAAAAAUU